GAGGAGUUUCGCUUCAAGCACAACUUGCCGGCUUGGGUGCUUGUCGGGAGUCAGAGAGAGAAGAUUUUUAUCAUUCUGUUCAGCCAGGAGAAUAGAGAUGCAGAAUUGAGUCCAGGCUGGAAAUGAAGCCUGGGGGGAAAGUGAAGGAAGAAAGUUCCCCACCCUUGGAACCAUCGGUUGAUGAGCAGCAGCCUCCUCAACGAACACGGAGAGAUGCGUCUGUGUCAGAGGUAUCUGACUCAUGGAAGAAAAAAACAACCAUGGAUGAAGAAAUGACCAAAAGGAAGAGAGAUUGUGAAAAAAGAGAAGGAACAACUCUAAUAAAAGGAUCUGAAAAGGAUUCUGCUGUUGCAAAUCAGGAGCAGCAGCAACAGACAGACCAUGAAGUCAAUGUAAUUAAGCAAAGCCAAGUGAAUGAUGGAGAAGGUGUUACAGUAUAUUUCCAUGCCAUACUGUCCAAAGACUUCAAACUGGAUCCUAUGAAGGAUAAAGUGUUCAUUAGGGCACAAGGCAUUUCUGGUUAUUGUGACUGGGAGGACAAUGUUUGUGAGUUGGCUUGCACAGCGGAUCUUAAUAAGCAUGGUCACCUUAUUGAAGGCUAUGUGACCAUUUCUAAGGACAACGUGAAUAAAUGGAUUCCAUAUAAAUACUAUGUUGCAUGUGAUGGCAAAGAGGGAAAGUAUGAAUUCAUCUAUAAACAUUGUCCAGAAGGAGUCUAUGUGAAUCGCUGUUUGUUUAUACAAACAUCACACCUAAGUGGUGAAGAUUGGCAUCAGUAUGAUGACACAGUGUUCACCAACCCCCCUGAGACCUUCUGGCAUACGUUGAAGAAUGUUUUGGGGUGGGAAAAUUUAGAGGAAAAGGUUGUGGAAGGGAAGAAAAUAGCAGCAAAAGUAAUGCUGGAUAGCCUCUUCAGUGUUCUUAAACACUGGACUCCUGCAAAUAUUAAGAAUUUUCUCCAGCAGUGGCAGCAAUUAUACUUGGUGACUAGCAAACCAAUGGUACAUGAGAUGAACCCAAAGGAAUGGACAAGUUUAAAAUUUGGGAAAAAACAGAUGGAUGAAUUGAUGCUGAAUUACUUAAAAGAACGACUUAAACAGAGCAGUACACCGACACAGAAUAAACUGGGCUUGGCACUGAUCAUUCUUCUGUUAUAUGGAGAUACUGGCAUGGGGCAAUAUCUGACCUGGUUUUGCCAUAACUGUAUUACAAUACAAGCACACGAAUGGGUGUGGACAAUCCCAGUUCUUCAUCUGUUUACUGCUUCUGCUGAUUUUGAUUGUGCUCAAGUGAAUACUUACCUGGAAUCUGAAGAGAAGUGGGCAAGGCUAGAAGGCCUUGCAUUUGUUGAGUACAGGAAUAAACAGGAACGGAAAAAUAACAAGAAGGAGCUACUGCAGCUAAUGGGGAAAAAGACGCAUUUGAUGAAAGACAGAACUCUGUUCAGGUCAUGGUUCUCAUUGCUGCCUCUGAAGGCCUUGGUAGAAUUUAUUGCUCUCUUUCCUACUGAUCUGCUGGACUACCUUUUAGGAAUUUUUCAUAGACUGAAGAAUGUGGAUUUCAAUUAUGAAAAUGAGGUACAAAAACUUUUGGAGAAACUAUUGCACAUCCUCUCUAAUCAACAUGGCACACUACAAGAGGACACUUGGAACUCCUGUGUGACUGUCUGCUUGAGACUUCAUCAGGUGAUAUGCAGUCAAGUCAAAAUGCGAAUGCUUUAUAAAAUACCUGCCAUAUCUGCUCAGAUUGUUUCAAGGAUACUUGGGCUUGCACCUUUGGAGGUUUCAAGAAAAAAGACCAUGAAGAAUAUUUCAAUGACAAAAACACUUCAAAGGUUUUGUGAAGACACCAGGACCUGGUUAAGAAGAGUUCUACCAAGCCGCUUGCUGGAAAAGGCUGAAGUUAAACUUACUUUUGGAGAGGAACUUGUGGUAUGGGAUCACUUUUUAAAAAUAUGCUUUCCUGAUGAGGAUUUGAUGGAGAAAUGGAAGGAAAUGUUAAAUACAGAUAUGAAAGGCAGAAUCAAACAGGAAAAUGUGACUAGACAGAUUAAAGCCUAUUGCCGUUACCAACAAACAUUUAAAAAACUUGACCCUCUGAUUGGCAACAUUUUUGAAGUGUGCGCUAUAGAUGCUAUUGAUUUAGCAAACCAGGGUAACCUCCUUGGCCAGAUAAGAUUCUCUAGCAACCUGAGCAAGCCAGGCAAACUUGUAUCUGCUGUUAUCAAAAAGUCGUGGCCAACUGACAGGGCAGGGAACCCUGUGGCAGAUUUGGAAGGAGUCCUGAAUCAUCUGCUUGUUUGGCCAGACAUGGAACAUCUUUUCAGCUUCAGUGGUGCUGAUGGAAACAUCAUGAACCAACUUACUGAUGAAGCCAAUGAGCUAAUGACCAUUGCCAACUCUAUACAUACAAAGAUUUCUGAAGAACUCAUGACAGGAUGUAUCCUAAUUAAACAUUUGGAAGUAAUUAAAAAGCAUGAGAAACGAUUUCUGUCGAUUUGGAAAUUAAUGAGUAAUGCUCUUUUACCCAUGGAGAAACAAAAGCAAAUGUUGAAACUAGAAGAGGUGCUCAAACUGAGAUUGGAAGAAGCAUUAUGUGUCAAAACAGAGCAAAAAUGGUUGGGAUCUCUCUUGGACAUGUGCAGGAAUGUGCAAGAUGUUGUAAAAGUGGAUAUUUCUGAAAUUGAACAGAAACAUAGUGAAAAUCUGGACGUUAAAGCAUUGGAUGAGGUUGUGGAAGUGAGACAACCAGUUUCCCACAAUGGUGAUAAAAUAGAGACUCGUUACUUCCCGAGUCCAGCCCUGAAGAACAUGUCUGAAACUGUGCAUUUUUUUAGAGACAGCCAUGUCUUCCGGUAUUGCUGGGAGUGGGCUGCCAAGAAGCUGAGCAAAGAUGGUGAAGGCUUGAUCGAUGAAGUGCUUGACUGUUUGUUUAAUCGCUGUUACAAUGAAUUAAUCAGACUCUAUAAUUGCCUGAAAUCUGAAGAUAUCACAUUUGUUGAGGUGGACACUCUUUUCAUCGAUUUUACUAACCAUUAUGAGGACCUAAAAAGAGAGAUUCGAAUUAUGUGUGGUCUGCAGCAUCCAGAUGGUGGAGAAUGGGUAGAUGAAAGGGUUCAGCAAAUCCAGCAGUAUCACGAAUUGCAUUUGGCUGUGACGUCUGCUAAGCUUAUUAACACCGUCAGGAAAGAUUUGAACCUUGCUGGUGACUUCAAGGUCUUGCUGCUUUUACUGAACUUUGCAGAUGAAUUUCGAGCCUUCCAGCAAAAAAAGCUCUCUUGCAUGAGUCCUGAACUGAUGCAUGCUCAGAAACUGCUGCAAGACAUAACUGAACCACGCUGUAGAUGCAUCAAGGAGCUUGUGCUUAGGAGGGAUUUUGUCAACUGGGUCAAAGAGGCUCUAGAAGAUACAAAUGAUCUAAAAGUGUUUGUGGACCUGGCUUCUAUCUCUGCGGGAGAGAAUGACAUGGAUGUGGAUCGUGUCGCCUGUUUCCAUGAUGCUGUGCUUGGCUAUUCCUCCCUGCUCUAUGAGCUGAAGCAGGAAUCGGGGUUUGAAGAAUUCAUGAAAUGUCUGCAGAAGUUGUGGAAAGCCCUGGAAAGUGACCCCAAUCUCCCUACAAAACUGCAUGAUUCUGCUCGAUACUUGGAAUGGCUAAAAACCAUAAAAGAGAGCCAUGGCUCUGUGGAAUUAUCAUCUAUAUCACUGGCAGCUACUAUCAAUAGCAAAGGAAUCUACAAAAUUAGGGUACCAGCAGAAGGCCAGAAGGUUUCUCUGGACACGGUCCUGUACCUAACUCUCCCAGAGAGCCAUGGUGACCAAGAAGAGGAACGGCAGUACUCACUGGAGGAGCUCCAAGAACUAAUGAACAAGCUGAUGCUCAUGUCGGGAAAGGUAGAACAAAGUGCAGAAGUGGAUACAUUUUCUGAGGUAUUUUCUAGUGUUCAGAGGCUUUCAGAGUCCUUCAUAAGCCUUUUUUCUGCUGGAAAUUUGCUGUUUCGAUCGUGGACAGCUGUUGUACACUGCUCUCCCAAAGAGGAGUACUGUAUUAGCAUGGACUUCCAUUUAAAUCAUCUCUGGGUUCUUUAUGGAAAUGGAGAACUGACCGAAGCUCUCCCAGCCAUAUGCAAGAAGAUGGAGAGUUUCCUGGAGAGGUGGGAAGACUUCAUGUCUGAAAAGCGAUUUCGGUACUUUUACCUGAAUUACUACAUGACUGAGCAGCUUGUUUACUUGUGCAGAGAGCUUGGCUCAGACUGCCCCAGUGAGGCUGCCUUAAUGAUGUUAUCGUUCAUAAAGCACAACUGCAGCAAACAAGAUAUUCAGCAGGUCUCCAAAGAAGCAAUGAAUAGAAAACAAAAGAGGUGUAUUGAUGAUCUGGUCGAGCUGGAGGAGAGUGAGUGGGAGCUGACAGUACAGCUGGAGCAUAUCUGGGAGUCCUACAUGGAGAGCAUGAGCUCCUUCCUGCCAGGCUGCCUGGACUUUGAAACCCUUGGCAUUUACCUGGGCCAUCUGGCCGCUUUGGAGAAGAGGAGCACUGUACGAAGACUACCACAAGGCCUUCACACUGGCAGGCCCAACCUCAUCCUCUGUCCUCACUCUGAAGUGUUGGCUUCAGCCCUGGCCAUCUACAUGAACAGUCCAGAGGAGACGCUGCCCUCUUACGAUGAGGUCCUGCUGUGUACUCCACAGACCAGCUAUGAGCAAGUGGCACUGUUUCUGAGGAGGUGCCUCACUCCAGGCUGCCAGGGGGAGAAGAUCUACACCUUGCUGUAUGCGGAUGAGUUGAGCUACGAUGUUGGCUACAGGUCUGAGGAACUGUUCCAGAGGCUUGACUCAAUGCAUCAGGAUGACUAUCGCCUGGUGAUCCUGUGCAACGGUGAGAGAGAGCACUGCUACAUCCCCUCUGUCUUCAGCCAGUUCAAAGUUCAUAUGAUCCCUCAGCAGCCCCUGAAGGAAAUUCAGAGCUACCUUGGGCAUCAUUUCAGAGCCACGCAACUUGCAAGUACAUCCGCUGCCAUCUUCAAGGACCAAAUGUGUGUUGGGAUCAUUUCUUCCAAAAGAGCUGGAGUGGGGAAAUCUCUCUAUGUAAAGAGAGUGCAUGAGAAAAUGGAGGCAAAGCUGUGCGGCAAUAAAGUGCCCUUAAAAACCAUCCGACUGAUAGACCCUCGUGUGGAUGAAAGCAAAGUGCUGAAGUCUCUCCUUCCAUAUUUGGACUGUCAAUACCAGAAACACCCCAUGAUAUUUCACUUUGAUAUCACCUCUUCAGCCCAGAAUGGAAUUCAAGAAUUUCUUUUCAAGCUGUUAGUUUUACAAUACCUGGGAGAUACUGAUGGGAAGAUCUGGCUGCGCAAACAGUGUCACUUGUACGUUGUAGAAAUUCUUGAAGCAUCUUCAUUGCCAAGAACACAAAUCAGAGCUGUUUCUUCAGGACUGAAAUACAAUUUUCUUGAUGUGUUCCCCAAAAUAACCUGUAGAUCUCCCAAGGAAGUACUAGAAAUGGACACCCAGAGGAACCCUUCCCAAGAUUCCUCAGAUCCAGGCAUGGAUCAGGAAGCAUUCCGUAGUGAAGCCUUUCAGAGACCAUUCCAGUACUUGAGAAGAUCCAAUAGAAAUGAGAAUCUUGACACAUUUAAGUACAAAGAAGGCUCUGUUGAAGGGACUCCAGAAGAAUGCCUACAGCUAUUCCUGAUCUAUUGUGGAGUGAUAGAUCCUUCAUGGUCAGAAUUAAGGAACUUUGCUUGGUUUCUGAACCUUCAGCUGAGAAAUUGUGAAACAUCUGUGUUCUGUAAUGCAGCUUUUGUACAGGACACUUUGCAGGGCUUCAAAAACUUUGUGGUCACCUUUAUGAUUUUAAUGGCAAAGGAUUUUGCAACACCGUCACUUAAUAUUUCUGAUGAGAGCCCUGGAAGACAGUCUUUUGACAUGGAAGGAGUCACAGAAGAAGAUCUUCUUCCAUUCCGCAUUCGGAAAAAGUGGGAGUCUGAACCCCACCCAUAUAUAUUUUUCAAUGAGGAUUCUGUAUCCAUGACAUUCAUUGGGUUUCAUCUCCAGCCUGGUCCUAAUGGUGGCAUUGAUGCCAUCAAUCCCUUGAACGGAAAUGUCAUCAAGAGUAAUGUGAUGACCACGCAGCUGUACCAAGGAUUGCUCCAUCAAAGAGUCCCCUUUAAUGUUAAUUUUGAUGCAUUGCCCAGACGUGAUAAAAUUGAGACACUUCGCAUGGUUUUAGGAAUCAAGUGUCCAAUUGAUCCUGAUGAAACAUACGAACUCACAACAGACAAUAUCCUAAAGAUUCUUGCCAUUGAAAUGCGAUUCAGGUGUGGGAUUCCUGUAGUCCUCAUGGGAGAAACUGGCUGUGGAAAAACCAGACUUAUAAAAUUCCUGUGCGAACUGCGUAGGAGCGGUGCCAGUGCUGAGAACAUGAAGCUCAUCAAAGUCCACGGAGGCACCACUGCAGAUACAAUCUAUGCUAAAGUCAGGGAAGCAGAAUACCUUGCUAUUGAGAACAAACAGCAUUACCAGUUUGACACCAUCUUAUUUUUUGAUGAAGCCAACACUACCGAAGCUGUCAGCAGCAUCAAGGAAGUCCUGUGUGACCGCACAGUGGAUGGGCAGCCUUUGAUCUGCAACUCAGGCUUGCAGAUCAUAGCUGCAUGCAACCCAUACCGUAAACACACAGAAAGGAUGAUUGAACGCUUGGAGUCAUCCGGCUUAGGCUAUCGAGUCAAAGCAGAGGAGACCACGGACAAGCUUGGCUCCAUUCCUCUUAGGCAGCUUGUAUACCGUGUCCACGCACUCCCUGGUAGCAUGAUACCUCUAGUGUGGGAUUUUGGGCAAUUGAACAACUUUACUGAAAAACUCUAUAUCCAGCAGAUUGUUCACAGACUUACUAGGUCAAUACAAAUGUCAGAUGCUAACCUCAAGACAAUAACAGAGGUGCUUUUUGAGUCCCAGACAUAUAUGCGGCAAAGGAAUGACGAAUGCAGCUUUAUCAGUCUCCGAGAUGUAGAACGGUGCGUGGAAGUCUUUAAAUGGUUUCACAGCCAUAAUGAACUGCUAAUGACACAUAUGGAGAAGUAUCUUGCAGAGAAGGAGACUGCUAAAGGCUACAUCAGGAGAGACAGAGUCAUCUGGUCCUUGGUGCUUUCAGUUGGUGUUUGCUACCAUGCCUCCCUGGAAAGAAAAAAAGAGUACAGAAAAAAGAUCAGUCAAAUCCUCCCAGUGCCAUAUGAUAACGAAAAGGGAAUUCUUGAAGAAAUUGGCUUAAUUCAGGAUCUGUUCUUGAGCGGUGCUCCUUUGAGAGAAAGAAUAGCAAGGAACUUGGCACUGAAGGAAAACGUCUUCAUGAUGGUCAUCUGCAUUGAGCUCAAAAUCCCUUUGUUCCUGAUCGGAAAGCCUGGCAGCUCAAAAUCUCUGGCCAAAACCAUUGUGGCUGAUGCCAUGCAAGGCCAAGCAGCACAUUCUGAGCUUUACAAAGAAUUGAAACAGAUCCAUUUGGUGUCCUUCCAGUGCAGCCCACACUCCACCCCUGAGGGAAUCAUCAAUACUUUCAAGCAGUGCGCUCGUUUCCAAGAAGGGAAGAACCUGAAGGAGUAUGUUUCUGUGGUGGUGUUAGAUGAAAUUGGCUUGGCUGAAGACUCCCCCAAAAUGCCUCUGAAGACCCUUCACCCACUCUUGGAAGACGGAUGUGUUGAUGAUAAUCCCCUCCCUCAUAAGAAAGUUGGCUUCAUUGGGAUAUCAAAUUGGGCUCUGGAUCCUGCCAAGAUGAAUCGAGGUAUCUUUGUGUCUCGUGGAGACCCAAACAAGAAGGAACUCUUAGAAAGUGCAAAGGGUAUUUGCUCCUCAGAACGUGUCAUCCUGCAGAAAGUCGAACAUUUCUUUCCCAUCUUUGCAAAUGCAUAUGAUGAGAUUUGCAAGAGCCAAGGCAAAGAGUUUUUUGGGUUGCGUGACUAUUAUAGCCUGAUAAAAAUGAUAUUUGCUCUGACAAAAAAGUCUAAAAGAGAGCCCUCUCCCCGUGAGAUAGCAGAGGUGGUUCUUCGUAACUUCAGUGGCAAAGAAGGUGUUGAGGCCCUGGACAUCUUUAUGUCUAAGAUCCCAGAGAAAGCAGAUGUCGAGAACAUCAGCACAACUGAUCUGAUCCAACAGAAUAUUUACAGUGACUGUCAGGAUGGUGAAUGCCGGUACCUGCUUGUGUUAACAGAAAACUAUGCCGCGCUUCAAAUCCUCCAGCAGACAUUUUUCAAAGGCACACAACAGCCAGAAAUCAUUUUUGGUUCCAGCUUUCCCAGAGACCAGGAAUAUACCCAGAUCUGCAGAAAUAUCAACCGAGUGAAGAACUGUAUGGAGACUGGGCAGAUGGUGGUCCUUCUCAACCUUCAGAAUCUCUAUGAAAGCCUCUAUGAUGCUCUCAACCAGUAUUAUGUUCAUCUUGCUGGUCAGAAGUAUGUUGACUUGGGGCUAGGGACCCAUCGAGUGAAAUGCAGAGUUCAUCCUAAGUUCCGUUUGAUUGUCAUUGAAGAGAAAGAGGUGGUGUACAAGCAGUUCCCCAUUCCGUUGAUCAACAGGCUUGAAAAACAUUAUCUGGAUAUCAAUACUGUGUUAGACAAAAGGCAGAAGGACAUUGUGAAAGAAUUGGAGGAGUGGGUGAAGAGCUUCACGGCAGUUGAUUCAGAAAAGCAGUUUAUGGGCCAGCAGGAAUAUACCCCUUCUGAUGUCUUUGUUGGCUACCAUUCUGACACCUGUGCCUCAGUUGUCCUGCAGGUAACGGAGAAGUUGAAAAGAGAAUGUUCUCCCGAGGAACUGAUGCCCAAAGUCCAGGAACAGGCCAAGUUGGUGCUGCUGAACUGCGCAACACCAGAUUCUGUAGUCCGUCUUGGAAACUCACGGUUGGGCUCCUUUUGGGCAGACGACUUGGCGAGAGUAUACUUUCAGCAACAGCAACACACGUCCCUUACGGACUUCCUACAUGCUUUUCUUUGUACAGAGUCCAAGGAUCGCACAGUCUUUACUGAGCUCACUACUUUCUCCAGGCUCCUGACAGCAGCAGACACAGAGACUUUGGAGGCAGAAGUAAAGGGCCAAAUUGAGGGCCUCAAAGUUCUGUUUUUACAACAGUUUGACACAGAACACUCAUUUUUGAAAGAAAUUCGGAAUUUUCUUGACGCUACAUCUGGAAAGAAAAUCCUAAUUAUUCAGACGGAUUUUGAAAAUGAAUCUCUCGGUGCCCAGCUUGUUGCCUCAGCCAAAUAUUCUGCUGUUAAUGAAAUCAGUAAAAUAGAUCCAAGUAAGGCCUCUGUAUUUGUGUUCUUCAUUACAAAGCUGUCGCGAGCUGAAGGAGGAAGUUCUUAUGUGGGAUUUCAAGGAGGGCUGUGGGGAUCUGUGCACAUUGAUGAUCUGAGAAGAUCAAAGGAUAUGGUCUCUGAUAUAACUGCCUUCAGAAAUCUCACCAUCAGCCAACUGUUUUCUGUUGACUUGGGAGAGGCUGCAGAGAAUCCUGAAUCUGUAAAGGUGGAGGGAGUGGAAGAAAUGGAAGCAGAAGAGAGGAUGGAAGCAGAGAGCUCAGAAGCAUCUGAAACAAAAGUGCCUACUAACCCAAUCUUGGAUACCACCAUCCUUUUGAGGAGCUGUGUACAAAGUGCUGUGGGAAUGCUAAGGGACCAAAAUGAGGGUACCAGUCGUAGCAUGAAGAGAAUUGAAAUUCUCCUUGAUCUUUUGUCUGAGAAAGGUGACUUGGAAGACUCCUUCCUGAAGAUAAUAAAGAAUCGUCUUUUUAGACUUUUGAGGAAGCAAGAGGAGAGUUCUGAUGCUAUGAAACAGUGGAUGCUCCGAGUGGCAUCAAAUCUUAAUUCCCUUCAGGAAGCAGGAACUUUCAGGCAAACCCUCUGGAAGCGGGUCCAGAGUGUGGUGACUCCAUUUCUGGCCUAUAUUGUGUCUGUCAUAGACAGAGACUGCAAUCUCGAGCUACUGGUCAGGCCAACAACCGAAAAUUGUGUGAAAGCUCUGUGGUUGUUCAUCUUCAGGGAUCUGAAGUUUCUCAACAUCCCUUAUAUUCUGAGUCAAAGCAGCUCCCAAAAUGGGACAACUCUGGUGCAGAAUUACUUUGAAAUAUAUGAAGAUGCUGGCAAUAAAAUGCCUUUCAGCUGGAGGAUAAAGGAUUAUUUGGAAGAUCUUUGGGUUCAAGCGGAGUACAUCACUGGAAAUGAAGGCCAUGCAAAGAAGUUUGUUGAAAUCUGUCAGAAGACUCCACUAGGUCAAUAUAUUGCUAACCUCUAUGAGGAAGAGAGGAAGAAACUUUUCCAGUGUUAUAUCAGAGACUUCAUCAUCCUGGCAAUGGGUUUAUCAUCUCACAGGGAGUUGAAGCUGCUGCAAAUGGCCCUCAUGACAUGCAUAGAGGAAAUGAUGGCAGCCUCUUCCAGUGCAGAAGAAGAAGGCGUUCCGCCCCUCCCCUGGAUCCACCUUGGCUACCAUCAGUUUAGGAGUCGGCUGCAAAACUUUUCCAGGAUUCUUGCUGUGUGCCCUGAUGUGGUCGGUGACCUCAUUAAAUAUGCAGAGAAAGGAAGCAAUAUCUUGCAUCGGCAAAUGGUACUAGAUGUGUUUGCUGCACUGGCCUGUACUGAAAUGCUGGAAGCAAAAUUGUUGAAAUGCAGACCUCGGAUAUGGCUACAGCAGGUGAAGAACCUUCAGAUGCCAAUUGAACUAGCAUGUAAAGCAACCUCCUUGCAAAGUAAUGGAAGUCAAUGUGAUGAACUACUCCAGAAUGUCAGGAACCAAUGGAAUUGGGUUUUCUCAGUGUCCCUUUUUGUGGAACAUGUGCUGCUUGGAGCAGACACCCUGAUUCCAGAGGUGCAGAAUCUGGUAAAGAAGUACACCUUGAACGUGGGAAAGUGUUUUCAGUGGGAUGCUGACAUGAAAACCCAUGAAACAUUCAUGGCAGUGAUGAAAAUGCUGCGUCAGUGCAAGGAGGAGGCCAGUUUCACAAUUUGUGGGUGUGAUUUGAAACCAUGUCCAGUUUGCUCAAGAGAGCCUAAGGAUCCAGUCAACCUUCCUUGUGUUCAUGUGUGUUGUCAGAACUGCAUCAAACAAUGGCUGGUACCAGGACAGAUGUUCUGUCCACACUGCCGAACCAGCCUGCCAGAUGACUACACCUUCAGCAUAUCUAAGGAGCUCAGCAUUGCUAUUGGGAAAAAUGCCCAGUUCCGCAAAUUUUGCAACAGUUUUUUUGUAGAGCUGGUUUCUACAAUGUGUUUCAAAGAUAAUGAACCCCCAGAAAAAACUGUGAUUCAGGAACUGCUGAAGCUGCUGUUUGUUCAGAAAGAGCUUUCGGGAGGUGACUACAGUGUGCAUACCAAGUCUCUGUCACCUUUUGACGAUGUUGUGGAUAAAACUCCUGUAAUCCGUUCUGUGGUGCUAAAGUUACUCUUGAAAUACAGUUUCAAGGAUGUGAAAGACUAUAUGCAAGAUUAUUUGUCUUAUGUAGAAGUGAGUCAGAACCUAGAAAAAGAAGAUAAAACAGAACUUUACACACUCAUUGUCCACUGCCUUGAGGAUUCUAUGUAUGAGAAAUCAGGAGCCUCCUCUGAGGAAAUCAAGACAACCCGUCAAAGAGAGGACGGGCGCUUCCUGGCAAACUAUUUCAUGCAGGGCAGUCAAAAAAAUUCCCAAGAAUCCACCAUUGAAUAUCUGCAGGAAGUGGCUAGUAUCCGACUAUGCAUGGACAGGGCAGCAGAACUCCUCUUUGAAUUCCAUGGAAUUUCAGAUGGCAGUAAAGAAAAGAAGCUCCCAUCCCACCUGCAAAAAGUGAAGCAGCUAUGCUGUCAAGCAGGAAAUGACUGGUAUAGGAUUUACCUUGUCCGAACAGUUGCCAAUCAAUAUGGGGUGGACUUCACACAGAGUCUUUCCAAAAAAGAUCUGUUUAACUGGAUAUUACCAGCAGAAAUAAUUCAGCAGCAAGAGGUAUACCAGUCUGGUCAGAUUGAUCGAUUCCUGGUAUAUGGCAAGAACUACACAGACGUGCGUGAUGCUGUUGGAAAAGCAAUGCUAGUAUCCCAGACAGAUGGCACUGAAGUCCUGAAGGCAUCUAAUGACUCCAACUCUGCACAGACAGUUCAUUUUCUUUUGGCGCUCUACAGAGAGUACACAACUUUGUACAGAUGCAAGGACUCAUCUCUUCACCCUAAGCAGGAGCAAUGUGAUAUUCUUAAUGAAUUCAUUCAGAGCACUGGAAUUCUUCCAUCUGCAGAACUGAAGACAUUUGCAGAAUAUCUUGUGACUAACAGCCUCCCAUCACUAACAGUGAGCCCCCAGGACUCCAGUCAAAGGGGUGUAGUAAUUGAAAUGGCAAUUCACACUGCAGCUGUUUUGCUAUGUGGCCAGAACCGAAUCCUUGAACCUCUAAGAAAUCUGGCAUUCUCACCCAGCAACAUGCAGCAUGCUUUUCUGCCAACGAUGCCAGAAGACUUGUUGGGUAAAGCUGCAGAGUGGCUAGCAUCAGAUGGGCUUAAAUGGUAUACCUGUCCAAAGGGCCACCCCUGCACUGUUGGAGAGUGUGGUCUUCCCAUUGAGCGUGGUCGGUGUCCAGAUUGUGAUGAAGAAGUAGGAGGCGAAAACCAUAUUCCAUUAUCCAACUUUAAAAAAACUGAGAGUAAAGAGGACAAGACACAGACUGGUCAUGUUCUUGGAGACCCUGAAAAAAGAGAAGCCAUGGUAGCAUCUGAGAGGGAGAUGUCGCCAGCUGAUUUAAUUUUAAUUCGCAUACUCACUCAUUUGGCAUUGCUUCUGGGAGCUACAAAUGAUCCCCAGGCUCUACUGCAAAUCAUAAAGCCACAGAUUCAGGAUCCAGUGAGCUUUCUUAUGCAGCAUAUACAUAAGGACUUGGAGCAACUGAUGAAAACACUUGGGAAGAGCGCUGAUGAAACCACUAAUGUUGUCCAUCUCAUUCUGUGUAGUCUUCACCAGCACCUUGACCAGCACACAGGGCAAAUGCACUUUGAUAGUCACCUGGCUACAAAAGAGUCCAGAAACACUUGGGAAGAAGUUGUUGCAGGUGCCGUUAUUGAUCCUGAACUAAAGCAACGAAUGAAUGGAAGACUUCUGGAUUUGAACCAAAGAAUCAGUGAGGAUGAGAGAAUCUGUUCCAACCCGGUAGUGAAAAUUGUAUAUCAGAACCCUGCAACUUUCCUGUCUAGACUGCCUGUGAACACCAUUGUGCACUGUUCCAGAAUGUGGAGUUGUAGGAAGAGGAUCUCAGUUGAGUACCUGGGGCAUGUUGUCCAACAGAAAGGUGGCAAGGAUGCCGUGCCCAUCCUGUGGAAAUUCCUGCAAAAGGAAGCUGAACUGAGGCUGGUGAAGUUUUUACCAGAGAUUUUGGCCCUGCAGAAGGACUUGGUGAAAAGGUUCUUGAACAUUUCUGAGGUGGAACACCGUACAAUUGGAGACUUCCUCAACAGCCUCCCCUCAGCUCCAAGGGCAUCUCGGCAAAAGUGGGGGUUGAAAAGCUGCGGAAGUUUGAUGAACAAAAGCAAAAGGAGUCCUAUGGAAAACAGGGUGACAAUAUUUCUGUCUGUGUGGAACAAGCUGAGAGGAUCAUUGGGAACAAACGGUGAAAUUAAACUCCCCCAAGACUAUUGUGAUGUUGAUCUCACCUUGGACAGUGAGUUUGAGAUCCUUCUGCCUCGUCGUAGAGGUCUGGGUCUUUGUUCCACGGCUUUAGCCAGUUAUCUCAUCAGCCUGCACAAUGACUUUGUCUACACUGUGGAAAAUUAUACAAAGGAUACCAACAGAUACUCUGUCAGCCCUGCAGAAGUGGCAGAUCUGCAUAUGAUCUCUUACGAGGUGGAGAGAGACUUGAUCCCACUGAUUCUGUCAAACUGCCAGUACAGUGUGGAGAAAGGAGGAUCGGCCCUUGAGGAAUUUGACUUGGAGAAAAUCCAGCAGCAGAUCACCAGCAGAUUCCUGCAGGGGAAGCCUUUAAUCACACUGAAAGGCAUACCCACUCUGGUGUACAGGCAUGAUCGAAAUUAUGGGCAUCUCUUCAGUGAUAUCAGGAGCAAGCUGAUCCAGAGCUCUCUUCCAAAUUCCACUAUUAGCAUGAUCAGUGGGGAGCUGCAGUCCUACAGCGACAUCUGUGAAGCUCUGGCUGUCACUGAAAUAACGCUUGGAUUCUUGGCUACGGCUGGAGGAGACUCUAAGUUGACUUUGGCUGAAUAUGUUGAAAAUAUCCUGCAAAUGGGCAGCCAGACAAGUGCUCACGUGCUGAGGGCGCUGAGCCGAUGUCACCUGAAGCACACCAUUGCACUAUGGCAGCUGCUCUCUAGCCAUAAAUCUGAACAGCUGCUGCAUCUGAAAAGGGAUCCCUUUGCAGAAGUCAGCACAGCCUACAAAGGAAAGCUCACUGCAGAAACCACCAAACUCCUCAAUGCCUUCCUCAUGCAGGCUGGUCUGGAGACCUUCCUCCAAGAGCUGCAUGAAAUGAUCAUCCUGAAGCUGAGACACACCAAGCCUGGGGAGGAGUUCAACCCCACAUGGAGCCUGAAAUAUACACUUAUUUCGUACCUUGAAAGGAAAGAGAGUGAUGUUCCUGGGGAACUAGAAGAUGCAUUCCCAGAAGAAAUCCAGCUUUCCCAGUGCAUUGCAGCCUGGAAAGCAGCUGCUGCUCUUAAACGCGGUCGAAGACGUUGUUAAUGCAACACAGUAAUUGGCGACAUUGUCUGCCCACUUUAAACUACUGCAGAGCCAACAGCAGCACUGGUUGCACUGAGCAAAGUAAAUCUGAGAACCACUAUAUUGAGAAUUAACUGUGCUGCUUGAACAUAAAUUAAUUUCUGUCUCAGAAGCUGAAGGAUUAUUUUUUUUAAAGUUCAAUAUACUAUUUUUACAAAAUGCAACUCAGCAAUGCAAACCAGUGUCAGAAGGGUUCAAAAAGAGAAAAGACUUUUUUUGUGUGGCCAGACUGUGAGAGACAUAGCCCAGAACCCUUGGACAUAGAUUCCGGGGAGAACCAAGGACAGUCAUACUGUGGGUAUAGUUUACACACCUGGUUAUGUUCUAUCUUACUGACAGUUUUCUUUUUCCUUGGAGUUACUGAGCUGGGAGAGAGAUGGUGAAUUAGUCCCCCACCCCGCCCAAGUUUUCUAGUCCUCCUAAGUGCCACCAAAGCUGCCUUCCUCUCUGGUCAGGGACUUCAUUUCUUUGUAACUUUAUUUUGCCACAAUCCUUCCUGUACCACUGAGAUGUCACUUAUGCCAUAUCUUAUCUUAAGAUGUCUAAAUCAUCUUAUGGAAGGUGGACCCCUCUAUAUACACACUUGUAUACCUUAGUUGCUGAUGUCAGUGUAUACCUGUGGUGUUUGAUACUUAUUUACUAGCACUGCAAUCAUGGAUUAGUUUAUUAGAGUUUCAGUUCAGCCACAUUUCAUGGAAGAAGUAAACUGUCUUAAAUGAGGCAUGCUUCCAAACAAUAUGCAAUAUUUCAUUUCAUUUAGAGCAAUUAUGCUAGUCUGUCAUUUGUAAGUUCAAUAUAGCAAGUUCAGUUGCUUGAGAUUAUGUGGAUAGUUGAAAUGAUAUAAAGGGGAGAUUCUGUGAGUUAAUAGGGUUUGUUUCAAGUUAAAAGGAAGAAAAUAUUAGUUGCACAUAUGGUACACCAUUAACAGUUUGAAGGAACUUGAUUUCUGUUUGGAACAAUGUAGAUAUUCACUGGUAUUUUUAAGUAAGUUUACAAUAAUGAAUUAGGUACAACAUCUCUCUCAGGGUGAAAUAAAAUGUCUAAGAUAGCUUUGUUUGCUUAUUUAAAGGUUUAAAGCUUAAGCUACAAACAUCCUGGUUACUGGCAGUCCGGGCUAUCAAUAGUUAUCUUAGAGUAACAACAACAUAUCUACCUAAGACUUUGCCCUUAGCUAAUAAGCUUGUGAAACUUUACUCUGCGAAGUAGUAAUGUUCUGAUUUUAGCAGUUAUCUCAAACUUUGAUUAUAUAGAUGGUGUGAGCCAUCUUGCUCUUCAGAUUAUAUGUUCUGUGACAGUAUAUGAACAGCACAAAGUGAGCAAGCAGCACUAUGCUCCACUUUGGAUGUAAGUGUACAGAUGAUACAUUAAUUGAUGUCAUGUCAUUAGCACUGGCAUUGCAACCUUUUUUGCUAGCAGAGCAGUAAGCUAUGGGUCAGACUGCUGAUGAUGACCACGUGGCUAGUUCAUUUACAAUUUGCAAAAAGAGCUUUGUAGUUCACUUUUUCUUUUUAAUAAAGCAAAUAUUUGCUACCAAA